UACAAUUCCCAGCGUGCCCCGGGGCGGCUGGAAGAGGGAAGAUGGCCGAGUAUCUGGCCUCCAUCUUCGGCACCGAGAAAGACAAGGUUAACUGCUCUUUUUACUUUAAGAUCGGGGCUUGUCGGCAUGGAGACAGGUGUUCCCGCCUCCACAACAGACCCACUUUCAGCCAGACCAUCGUCCUGCUGAAUCUGUACCGGAACCCGCAGAACACGGCCCAGUCGGCAGACAGCUCGCACUGUCAUGUCAGCGAUGUGGAAGUGCAGGAGCAUUAUGAUAAUUUCUUUGAGGAGGUCUUCACGGAGCUGGAGGAGAAGUAUGGGGAGAUAGAGGAGAUGAACGUUUGUGACAACCUCGGGGACCACCUGGUCGGCAAUGUCUAUGUCAAGUUCCGGCGGGAGGAGGACGCCGAGAGGGCCGUGGGGGAGCUGAACAAUCGCUGGUUCAACGGCCAGGCCGUGCGGGCCGAGCUGUCCCCAGUCACCGACUUUCGCGAGUCCUGCUGCCGCCAGUAUGAGAUGGGGGAGUGCACGCGCGGAGGGUUCUGCAACUUCAUGCACCUGCGGCCGAUAUCCCGAGAGCUGCGCCGGCAGCUCUACGGGCAGAGCCGGUGCCGGCGCUACGGCCGAGCUUCCCGCCAAACCUGGCGCUUCCUCUGGCUCAGCAGGACGCCGCCCAUCUCCGGGCCUGGUUAUUUCCCCAGCUGUAGAGCAGCACAACCACGGAAUCAGCGUCUGCGUUUUGACCUUUUCAGCGAUGUUAGAAAACCGGGCCAGCUGCUUUUCCUCCUUUCUGCGUCCAUGCUUUGUACAGCGGAGUCGUGUUGCGCUGCCAAGGGACUCCUGGGGGAUUGUGCACGGCUUCGUGUGCACAUAAUUAACGAGUCCUGCUGCAUGGUUGCUGCAGUUCUGCCUUUUGCCCACCAGAGGGCGCCGUGGUGAUAGAACAAAGCUGCACCUCCCCACCAAUGAGAGAAGAAUAAGAGCCAGCCUUCUUCCCAGUGCCUGCCAGGCCAGGCCAGAAGACAGGGGCUAUGGGGAGACAGACAGCGUGGGGU